GACAUAUACCAUCCAAGAAAUGGGACAUAUUGGUUUGGCCAAUAUGUAUUCCUAAUAGCUAAAUGUCACUAUUUUGGUAGAAUGCAAAAAAACAUUUUCCCCCAACAAUGAUGAAGCCAAAAUGUUACUGGAUAUCAAGAUUGACCCAGAAGUGAAGGAGCUGCUCAGCAGAGAGCAUUUCUAGUGUCAUCUUCCUUUAAAUAUGUAUCGGACUGCAUCAUGAGUCCAGCUGCUGCUGCUGCUGCUGUUUUUUAACACUCAGUGUUCUGCUGAAAGCAUCAUAAGCUCUUCUCCUGGUCGUCAGAAGCUCUGCGGACGUCCGUGUGAAGAAGACGGGGGUGAUGACAGACCAAGAGACGCCCGUUGUGGGCGAUCCCCCUCCGGCAUACACCAUCUUCCUGCUGGUGUUUCUGUUCUUCAUCACGGGCCUUCUGGGUUUUCUGAUCUGUCACUUACUGAAGAAGAAGGGCUACCGCUGCCAACUGGAGGAGGAUGAAGAAAACUGUGAAGACAAACUGGGGGCAGAGCAAGAUGAUGACUCCGAAGACAGUCAAGACACAGUGGAACAAAUCCUGAAAUGCAUCAUUGAGAAUGAAGCCAAUACGGAGGCUUUCAAACAGAUGCUGGUUGGCCAAAAUGUUUGUGAACAUCACGAUCCACGCAGGUUGCAUCACAAAGAUAGCGUGGGUGGUCUUCCGCUUCACCAUCACACGGUUCAUCUGGGAGGGGAGAUCAGCUCGUGUGUUCACUGUGCGCAGGGUCACGUGUUAAAAACGCGCCGCAGGAGCCGCGUGUCUCGAGUCAGAGCCCGACCGGGAGAGCAGACCGUGUUUUCUGUGGGCAGAUUUCGUGUCACCCACAUGGAGAAGAGGAACAGCCUGCAGGGUUCGAUGAAUCUUCCUGCGGCAAAGCCAGGAAACACGUCGAACGACACAACGCUCUCAGACGGCAGGACGGGCCACAAAGACACUUCUAGAAAACCUCAGGACGAAUACAACAUCCGCAACAUGUUCAGAGACGCCGGAGCAGCGAACGGCAAAGUCCCGAACCUCGGUAAACGCAAGAAAAGCGUGACGCUGCUGGGCUUCUAUAAGACCGGAAAUCCUACGGAGACUAAAGCGGGACAGGAGGUGUUUGCGGAGGACAAGGAGGAGUCGAGCACCGCCGAUCAGUUAUCUGAGUGCUGGAGCUCCGGCGCGCCGUCUCCGACCGGUCCCACCCAAACCGCUCUAGACGAAAACUCAAAUAAAGCCUCCGGGAGUCAGUUACAGGAGAGCAGCCUGGAGAACCAGAGAACUGAUGAAGACACUUUCAAUGAGACAUUACAGGACAAAAUGAAUGCAAACACUUCAGGGAUUGUUGGCGAUGCUUCUAAUAUCGGCUCUAGGUUUUCUGUGGUACGGACCGUGGAGGAGACCAUCAACACGCCUGCAGCUGACACCGACAACAGAGAUGAGAUGACAACACACGAUGAUGCUAAGACUGGACUUGUUAGCCAGGAGAGUACAGACAAUCAACCCACAAACAUAACAUCAGAAGAUGUUCAAACCAGUGUUUAUUGAUAACCAGACUGAAAUGCAAAACUUAUAAUGCUUUGACCAGGAACACACUUGUGAAUUAAUUGCGUAUUAAAUCAAUAUCUGAUGGGCCUAAUUGAAAAGCAAUAUAUAUAUUGAAGUACACCAAUAAUUUGGUGGUUUUCUGUUCACAUCUUUACAAAGCAGCUUCAUAUUUCAGUAACACAGCUGAGUACAGUAAGUACAGUGAGUACAGCGGCUCCCUCCACAGGUCGAACCGGCUGAUGUCAUCUCUGUGUAAACAGGGUCAGACUGAACUGUGAGAUUGUGGCUGUUGAAAGAACAGAGAUAAGGGUAAGAAUGGUGUAUUUACAUUAUCCUUGAAAAAAACACAAUAAAAGCAGGACAUCUCAGGCUGCUAAAGCACAGAGUCCACUGACCACAGCACACCUUAAAGCAGCCUUAAAGGAUCCUAGUGUGCUGGAAGUGUAUGUAGAGUCCAAUAAAGUCAUGAUCCUGAUUUGUGAAGCUUGUGCACUAUAACAUAUAUAUAUAUAUAUAUAUAUAUAUAUUUUAUUUUUUUUUUUUAUUUCAAAGCUGUGAAUAAACAAAAAGUACAUUUUACAAGAACAUAA